GCGGCUCACGCAGGGUCACUGCGGUGCCUAGGGCGGCGGUGGCGGCAGCAGCGGCGGAGCAGGAUGGAGAUCCCGGUGCCUGUGCAGCCCUCUUGGCUGCGCCGCGCCUCUGCCCCGUUGCCUGGCCUUUCGGCGCCUGGGCGCCUCUUCGACCAGCGCUUCGGCGAGGGGCUGCUGGAAGCGGAGCUGGCUGCGCUCUGCCCCGCGACACUAGCCCCCUACUACCUGCGCGCACCCAGCGUGGCGCUGCCUGCCGCCCAGGUGCCAACAGACCCAGGGCAAUUCUCCGUGUUGCUGGAUGUGAAGCACUUCUCGCCAGAGGAAAUCACCGUCAAGGUGGUUGGCGAACACGUUGAGGUGCAUGCGCGCCAUGAGGAGCGCCCGGAUGAGCACGGAUACAUCGCGCGCGAGUUUCACCGCCGCUACCGCUUGCCCCCUGGCGUGGACCCUGCUGCUGUGACGUCUGCGCUGUCUCCCGAGGGCGUCCUGUCCAUCCAGGCCGCAUCUGCGCCGGCCCAGGCCCCACUGCCGCCCACUUCUGCCAAGUAGAGGUCUGGACACUCCUGACCCGCGGUAUGCCGCAGGCCCCCUUUUAAAGCCGACCUGACUCCGCCCAGCCAGAUGUCCUGAGCGCGCCAAGACCACCCGCUCAUCCAAUUUGGGAUACUGUCCCGACUCUUCCAAUCUAGAUUCAGCCCGGAUAACCUACCGCUUUCCACCGACACUCCCUCUCACCCUCUUCAGCUUGCAAACCCUCCCCCACCUCCUCUUUAGCUUCCAGACUCUACAAGCACAUUCCCUCAGCCUAGUCUCCCAUAGCCGGUGACCCCAUUUUAUUGGCGUAUAACCCCACUGAAAACACUUAUUUCUUCUUACUCAUCUAUAAAAACAUCUCCAAAUCCUAUUUGAUCCCCUCCCCACUCUGACAUCAGACUGUGGUAUGGACAGCCCUGCUGCCACCUUAGACCAGUCAAGCAUAAUCCCCCCACCCCUCAAAUAUCCCAGACAGCACAGACCUCCCAUGUCAGACCAUUCAGAUGUGGUCCCAAGACCCUAUCUUUCUCAUUCCAACUAAACACUCUACUCCCUGCCACCCCCACCCAUUUUCUGACUUGAAAUCCCAGCCAGUCACCCCAAGACUCUUCUGAAUCCCACUCUUGAACACCUAUUCCAGGCCAACCAGGACGUUCAACCUCAAACUGUACAGACACCCACCCCAUCUGCCCAGACUCUGCACAGAUAUCCUAGGCUCCCAUCCCCAACUGGAACUGGAGUCCCCAGUCACUUUGUCUUGAGCCACAAGUCUCUAACCACAUAUCCCAGGCAAUCUACCGUCCACAGCCCUGCCCUUAUUCUCCAAGCCCCAACUAGGCAGCCACUUUCUUUGACUCCCCACAAUCUUUCUCACUCCUUAAACUACCUGUUGUCCCAUCCCCUCAUUCCUACCUAGGCCCACUCCCCCAAUAAAUGUGCUAGAGCUGUG